AUUGGGAAUACACGUUCAUAUCAGUGACAUGCGGAUUUUCCUAGUUUCGUUUUUUAAUUACUUGGUAAAACGCUAGGUACCGUUAAAUUGUUUUUCUUUGCAGACGGCUGUCAUGGUAUUUUGUCUUACACGAAGUAUGUACAUGUCUGUGACACUUUUCUGGAUAGCUGUAUUUUUACGUGUCCUUCCUUACGAUUUUAUGACUUUGCGACCAGCAGGAUUUCCAAUCUUCCCAGUAGAUAGCUGUCCCAGAAAUCUAUCGGCAGUAGAAACAGCUACACUCAGACUCAAUUGUUCUGAAGUCAAAGAGUUCAAAAAUGUUUAUCACUGUCUACCCCUUUCCAAUCUUUCGUUGCUGGUGGAAUUCUGUUACGAUGGAGUGAGUGGUUUGAUUGAGAAAGGUAAUUGCAUGGUACUCGAAAAUCAACAUUUGAAUAAUCAUCCAUGCGCCCACUUUACCAACGGCUGUCCAGAGGCACCCUAUUUUCCCAAAAAUAUGUUUAGCUUUCCAUCCUGCAUACAAAUAAACAAGCAAAACAGUUGUUAUUUGGCGGAUCCAAGAUGUCCCCCAGUCAGAGGGAUUGCCGAUACAACAACUAUUCUCAUGGGAGAAAAUGAAACUGCUACAACGAACAACAGCGACGAUGUUAAGCUAAGUUUAGCUGUGUUAACACCAAUUAUUGUGAUCAGUUUAAUAAUCACACUCGGGGUUAUGUGGAAUCGAGGGAGGCAUAAAUUUUGCAAUAAAGACAAGUACUCGGGCCUAUCAGAAGAAACAACUCCAUUGAAAGUAAAUGAAUGUAAGACACAUCUGGAAGAUGAAAACAAUAAGAAAAUAUACGAGAAGUACCUUAAGGAAGGUUGUAUAUGGGUUUGCCCAAUUUCACAAAUAAUCAUUGUUGGUGAAAACGGAGUAGGGAAAACAACUCUUUUGAACCGACUGAAAGGGAAAACACUGAAGGAAAUAAAAGAUAUUAAAUCAACAAGAGGGAUAGAAUGUCACACAAAGAAGGAGAGUUUCAUCAUAUCUGGAAAUGAACUAAGUAAUUUUAUUUUGGGUUAA